CCAAAAGAAACCGAGUCAUAUUGGAUCAAAAGAUCCAAUCCCUUUACACUCACUGAAAGGAACCAACCUAAACCGGACGACCAUCUAAGAGCAAAACGAAGACGACGGCAGGAGAGAAGUAGCUUCAGUAAUGGAGAAGCUCUUUUAUAAGUCCCAAAAGCGAAAGCGGUUACGUGUCUCGUCUAGUUCAGUUCGAGAGGGAGAAGAUUUGAUAAGCUUAUUACCUGAACCGUUGCUAUGUCACAUACUCAGCUUUCUCACCACUGAACAAGCUGUUUGGACAAGUGUUUUGUCCUCUAGAUGGAGACAUCUCUGGAAAUUGGUUCCUAGGUUAGAAUUAGACAGCUUUGAUUUCGCAAACGACAAGGCCUGUGUUGAAUACAUCCACAAGUUUUUGUCUUUACAAGGCAAGCCCUACUUGCGUGAGUUCAAGUUAACCAUUGACCACGAUGUCUUUGAUAGUGAGGCUUCUCUUUACGGGCCGUGUCUCGGCAGAGUGGAUAUGCGGAAGCUUGAACGUUUCCAAAUCAAGAAUAAGUUCGGACGUGGUGGCUUUGAUGACUUCCGGACACCCUUAACUCUUUCUGUAUGCGAGGCGUUGGUCUGCUUAAAGCUCCAUUUCGUUAGUCUGAAUGAUGACUUGGAGUCUCUUUCCUUGCCCUGUCUCAAGAUCAUGUACUUGGAAGACGUUGUUCUGCCUAGCGACGCGGCUGCAGAGGCUCUGAUCUCCUCCUCUCCGGUUCUUGAAGUUUUGAAGAUAUGCCUUAGUAAAGAUGAUUUUGUGGUCGCGUUACGUGUCUGCUCACCGUCGCUAAAGAGCUUCACUCUAAAACGAGUGAAGCCUGCUUAUUAUGCUCCUGAACAUUCUUCAGUAUUGAUUGAUGCACCGAAACUUGAGUGUCUGAGUCUCAUGGAUUUCUACCAUUUCCGAAGCUUUGAGAUAGCCAGUAUGGCAGCUGACUCUGUCAAGGUUGAUAUUGAUGUCGAGUUUGAGCUGAUGACUGAUUACUUGUCGGAACUGAAGAUCAUCUACAAUCUUCUCAGAAACUUUUCAGGUGUUAAAGAUAUGACCAUAUCAUGGAGAACACUGCUGUUUAUACAUAGUUCCCCUCUGACGAACUUUCUCCCCAAAUUUCAUGGGUUGACUCGUUUGCGUGCCACUAUGUGCUUAAAUGCAUCCCCUGAACUAUUGCCAAUCGUUCUUGAGAGCUGUCCCAAUGUGAAACACUUGACAUUGGAGUUGUUAAUUCAUUAUCCAGAAGUGAUAACUAGACUCUCCACUGUGCUGCCUCCUUGUUUGGUAUCGUCUCUUGAAUCUGUUGAAAUGGAAAGUCCGGUCACGGAGUUAGCUACUGAACUGGAUUUGGCUAGAUACUUUCUGAAGAAUUCUACAACACUCAAGAAGCUCGUACUACGUUUGAAUCAGUCUUCUACUGGAGUGAAACACAAGCCUGGUGUCUUGGACCAACUCAUUGAAUCUCCAAGACUCUCUAGUUUGUGUCAGUUCGAAGUUAUUCCAGUGGUUCCAAUCUCAGAAUCAUCUAUAGCCUGAUGGGGUUGUCUAUAUAAAUUCCAAUAGGUUCUGAAGCUGGAUCUUAAUAUAAAAUAAGUGUGUAAAAGUAUGGCUUAAGACACAGCUUUAACCAUUUGUGUGAGGUACUACUGGUACGGCUUAAGACUCCAUUUGGUUUGGUUGAAUGAUUUUGAGUAUCUCUUAUAUCAUCCACUGGUUUGAUUA